AAAAAAAAAAGUGGAGCCAGGAGUAGUGGGGGAACAGCAGUGGGGUCAUAAACUCUUGAGGGUAGGACAGUAGCAGGAGGGAAUGGCACUUUGUAAGCAGAACCUCUCUAGUUCAAGGGCCACUGAUGAUAAGGGACAAGGAAGAUGGAACAAAUGGACCAACCCUAAUAGGACUUAUGUAGGUAAUGUAGGGUUGGAGUCAGAGGUAACCCUGAGGUCACAGGCCCAGAAGGCUGGCAGGAUGUGAAACUUGGGGAGAGUAUGGUGGAUAGGAAGAAGUGUUCGGUGGGCAGCAUCAAAUCCAGGUCUGAGUCCUGGUGAGAGGCUGGACCUUCGGUUCUAGGGGUUGCUGACUCCCAUAGAGAGGGCCUAAUGGCCAGUCAUGGCAUUCAGAAUAGUUACGUGCCUUGAGCCGCUGGAAAUUCAGGUGGUCCCUGAAUCUUCUUGGCAGCCUUUAAGCCAGAAUCUGUGCUUAGUUAGAGUUUAUAAUCAGGUGCUUGUUAGGAAAGGUCUCCAUGAUGUGUUUGAGUUCCCAGGCAGUAGGAGUUGUAGCCCAUGCAUCUGCUGGGCCUGCUGCUACAAAGUUUGGAAUGAGGGGCCUGCAGAUAAUUGGGUGCCCCCUUCACUGAAAACGUCCAGUUAAGGCUGCUUGGCCUCAGCUAUCCUCUUGACUGUUGUUUGGGAGAAGGCUAUUGCCCAGACGCAUCCGCCUUGUGGAGUGGCUAUCUUUGAGUUGGACAUGCCCUUAGAAAGGCCCUUGCCCAGCCUCAGUAACUUUCACUACUUGGACAUCCUUGUUUUCUAUCCCAGGAUAUCCUCUUUGAUGCAAAUACACACAAAGUGAAGAAGUUUGUCCUACACACCAAUUACCCUGGGCAUUAUAAUUUUAACAUGUGAGUAUACCUGUACCUGCCCCUCCCAAGAACUGAGCUUUGGGUUGAAAAUUCCCAGUAAAAGAGAGCCUGUGGCUUUGAAUGUUCACUAAUUUGUACCUGAAUUCUUACAGUUUCGUGGGAAAUGAACAUUUCCUGAUUGUUUGCUCUGUUCCUGGUACAGUGUCAAUACCUUAUGUCUCUCCAUUUGUACCCAUUUUACAAAUAGGGAAGUAGGUUCAGAGAGCCUGGUAUCUUAUCCAAGAUGACAGGGUCUUCAGACCCCAGAGCAGGGCUUCGGGGGUGGGUUCAUUCUGUGUUUUCCUGGGGUGCGGGGUUGAGAUGCGCGGGUGGUCAGGCCUCUCAGGGGGCCCAGCCUUUAUCCAUCUGGCUUCUCUCUCUAGUUAUCACCGCUGUGAGUUCAAGAUCCCACUAGCCAUAAAGAAAGAAAAUGCAGAUGGUCAGACAGAAACAUGCACAACCUACAGCAAGUGGGACAACAUCCAGGAUCUCCUGGGCCACCCUGUGGAGAAGCCUGUUGUCCUGCAUAGGUCCUCCUCCCCAAAUAACACCAACCCAUUUGGCUCUACAUUCUGCUUUGGUCUUCAGCGGAUGAUCUUUGAGGUCAUGCAGAAUAACCAUAUUGCCUCGGUGACCCUGUAUGGCCCCCCCAGGCCUGGUACCCACCUGAGAACAGCGGAGCUCCCCUAAGGACAUCACCACCCAUGCCCCUCUGCCCCGUGGAGCUGUGCAUUGCAUCCUAUUCAGCGGGCCUCCAUGUGCCACCCUGUGGGUUUUCUUGGACACCUUGCCAGUGUUGAAAGGCUGUUGUGAUGUUCUGAGGUGGGGCUCAGACUGGGUGCUCUGCCAUGGGGUGAGAGGCCCAAAUAUUCCUCUGUCCGUCCUCAGCCUGCUGGUGCCAACAGAGGACACAGACUGCAAAGAGAAGCACAAACUCUGAGCCUUGAUACCUGGACCCAGGCGACCUCGACUAACACAUACGGAGGCAGAGUUCUGUCUCUCCUGUUCCACACGCAUUGGAAAAAGUUGGGACUCUUUCUGGUGGCUGAGGACACAGGCACCCAGGACGAGGACGAGGUCCGGCCUUUGGCCCAUCAUUGCCACGUGACCCUUAAGGCAAGCAGGUAGCAUGUCCAUAGUACUUGGUUGCGACUUUUGCACUACAUCCACUUUAGUUACUUGAUGAGCUGGCUGUGGCCAAGGUGGCCCACCUGCCUUUCCCUGUUCCUUCUUUGCACGCGCUCCCUACCAGGCCCAGUAGGCACGCCCAACUCAUUGAAACACAGCUUUUUACCAUCCAGGUAUGUGCCCAGGCCUGGUUCCUACCCCUCUUGGAGCCAGCCUUCAAGGUCACCUGUGCCCCUGCUCUGCCCCAACCUGGCUGGCAGGCUGCAUGUUUCCAUCCUGUUUGCCUCUUUUAUUUAAUGCCAAAGUUUUAGCCAAAGACAUCUUCCUCCUUUUAUUGUUUCAGCAUUCUGUUCUGCACUGUGGGCUGGCUCUCUUGCCCCAACCCUGGGCAAUGUCCCCUGGCCGGGCCCAUUCAUGGCUCAAGGCCUCUGGGGGCUCAAGGAAGGCUGGGCUGCUCAGUCUUUUCAUGGGUCUUGCUAAGGAAAGUAGCAUAUGUGCUUUAAAAAUAAUCCUUUUGAAAAGAAUUGAGAAGAGAAAUGUAUAAUUUUAUCCCAUUUUUAAUAUUUUGGUCUAGCAACUUGUGAUACAUAGAUGACAAUUUUGUGAGUUUUUCAAAUGUGUGUACAGAUUUUUGUAAAUAUGACUCUUUUGUAAUUAACUCAUGUACAGCCUCAUCCUGUAGAGUUUAACAAUGAAUGUGCAGGGGACCUGCCCUAGGCUCCUAGGUGGUUCCUGGGCUUAUAGCCAGGCUUAUGUGGCGUUCCCAUAAUUUUGUGACUGACUGGUGUCUUCCCAUUUGGACUGUGGCCUGGCCAGAGACCCCCCCCCCACACAUCCCCCUGUAGGGGCAGCCAGGACUAUCCCCACGUUCUUCAUGCCCUGCCCAUACCCCUCCAAUAAAGACCUAUGCCCUCAGCAGCUGCUCACCAUGUGCUGUUGCUGGGAUGUUUGUGCUAAAAUAA